UAACCAAGACAAAAAAAACCCAGCUGGUUUCGAUUAUUACGUGGCAAAUUUUGUUUUUGUUCUUUUGUUCACAUCAAUUAAUAUAUACUAGUGAAAGUCGCUUGCUUUCUCACUCGUUCAGCUUCAUUGCACACUUCUUUCACCUCCGGUAACUUGUCUCUUCUUCUUCCCUGUCUCUAAAAUCAUGCACAUCUUGAUUUUUGUUUUUCAUUUCGUUUCUUUCCGAUUAACUGAAACAUUUUUUCCUUUUUGUUUGUAAUCCCCAGCUGAUCGAGAAUGAACAGAAACGAAGAGGAAGAGCACUGCAAAAGAAACCAAGAGGCGUUCAAGAGGUUCUUCGAGCACAUCCCAAGGACUGCGCUGAUAGGCAUGCUUUCUUUCUUCCUCCACGACAAACUGAGUAAGUACGAGAAAGACCCAAGCAAGCCUUUUUCCAAUGCUCUCGCCUACGCCUCCAUUGGCUACGUUGUGUUUCAGAUCGCACACGGGUUUGCUCGAGCUAAGAAUCCUACAUCUUUCGUUUUCGACUUUAUCUCUAUUCUCUGUGGACUUGCUUCCGUUGUCAUUGCCUUCGCUGCUAUCUUCAACAGCUGAGUCAAUCCCGAGUGAGUUAGGGUUUUUUCUCAAAAUAAAAUCUGAGAUUGACAUGUUUCGCUAGCUAGUUGAGUAAUUUCAGUUUCAUUAUUCAUGUAACGAAUCUAUGGAUUUAUGUUUUCUUUUAGAGAUUUGAUUUGAGUUUGCUGACGUCGUCGUCGUUUUCAAUAAAGCAACACCAUUUAUAUGAUUUACUUGAAUAAACCAUAUGACUGAAAUGAUUUGAAACUUUAUUAGUACGCAUAACAUGAUAUGAAAAUGGCUAAUCUUGCGGUUGAUUCGAUUCUCGGUUUAUGUUAAAACCCUAAUGUGAAAAACCUUUUGGUUUAUCGUCAGUCCAAGAAGACGCCAUUUUGUUUGUCUUUUUACUUCUACAAACCGGUAUCAAAACCAAUCAACCUAGGAUUGGUUCAGCAAAUUUCAAUUUUUUCUCCCGAAUGUUCUAGAAUCAGAUGAG